GCCACCAAUCGUGAGGGGACCUUCCUCUGUUCCCACCCCGGAUCCAGCUUAUUUCAUGCUUAUCUACGAGGAUUUUGCGUGUCGUCUAGUAUCGCGUGCGCCCCACGCGGGCUUCGCGUAGCGCCGAACCCCCCCCCCCCCCACACACACCAGCGCCGCGCGUCGGCGACCCGCAGAAUGCGUGGCUCGGGGGCGCGCAAGCGCAGUGGCUGCGGCAGCGCUUCCGGGACGGCGCUGUGCAACCUUUUUGGCGCGAGUGGGGACGGCGGCCGGGAGGGCGCGGUCCGCGCUCCGCGGUGUGGGUCCCGGCAGCGCCAUGCGCUACAACGAGAAGGAGCUGCAGGCGCUGUCCCGGCAGCCGGCCGAGCUGGCGGCGGAGCUGGGCAUGCGGGGUCCCAAGAAAGGCAGCGUGCUGAAAAGGCGGCUUGUGAAGCUGGUGGCCAACUUUCUCUUCUACUUCCGGACGGACGAGGCCGAGGCUUCCUGGAGGACCCUGAGAGGAAGUAUCACUUUGCCUGCUGCAGUGAGGAGCAGUGUCAGGAGUGGAUGGGGGCUCUGCGGCGAGCCAGCUACGAGUUCAUGCGGAGAAGCCUCAUAUUCUACAGAAACGAGAUCCAGAAGAUGACUGGCAAGGACCCCCUGGAGCAGUUCGGCAUAUCUGAGGAGGCCAGGUUCCAGCUGGGUGGCUUGAAGGCCUGAGUCUGGAAGAAGACCUCCCCAUCCUCUCUGCACCCUGGGUUUCUUGGUCAAGCCUGGAUUUCCUGCUGCAGGUGCUUGGCUUAAAGACUUCGAAAGCCCAAGAUUGGUGGGGGUGGGCAGGGGCGGGUUGGAGAAACAACCCAGGAACACGCCACCCCCGACCCGGACUGGUCUGGCACCUGUUGGGUGCCCCAUGCUGCUACCGGGGGACAAGUGUCCACUCCUAGAAGCUGUGGCCGACCCCUCGGGUCCAUCCACCUGGGGCCUCUGAGGCUGGUGUACCCCUUCUGCCCUGUGCAGACUGAAUGUACGUAGCUAGACGAUGCUGUGAAGGACGUGGGGGGCUGUGCCUCCCGGAGCCACUGUGAAUUCUCCUGCCACUGGGGCAGGCCUUGGCCGAUGCUUCUGGGCGGAGCAGGACGCCUUCACUCUCAGGCCAGCGUGCUUGUUGUACUCAAAUAAAGGGACCUCUUUUCCACGUGG